CUUUUAUAUUCUUUUUACAUAAACACCUCUUAUUGGCUGGAACUUUUUUAUCGCUAUAUAUAUACACACCUCAACCGCCGAAUUCAACUACCUUUUCAUUCUUAUUUUUUUCCAUUAAUUAAUAAGAUUAUAUAAAUAUAAUCGUUUCCUUCUCUUCUCUCCUCUCUUUCUUUGCUAGCUCAAUCGCUACAGCACAUCUUAUCAGGUUUAAGCAAUACAUUGGCUUUCUGUGGAUUCUUUAACUGCUGCCAGCAAAACGUUGCUGGCAGUUAAAAAAUUUUCAACGUUUAACAAGAAGAAUUUUAUGAGUCCCCAGAGUACACAUAGCCCUAGAAGGGUCCUAGAAGGCGUACAUGGGGUGCAUGUAGUGCCUCGUUCGCCAUUUGCAUCUGAAGAGAUUAUUCAAGAUGAGAACUUUCCUAAGUCAUCAUGUGGAGGUUCAGCUUUUGGAGUGAAUUACAUGUUAAUGCAACGAGCAUGGCAGCAAAGACCGCCAUGUUUGAGGCCCAUCCAGGGUUGCAUUCAUGGUGAUCAGCAUCUAUUGGAAACAGUGGCUAAUGUGCUCACUUCACUUCCUUUUAUAGUGCUUGGAGUUAAUACCCCAAGGAAAAAUCUGAACUGUAAGCUAUAUGCAAAUUCAUUAAUUGGAGUUGGAGUUGCCUCUAGUUUGUAUCAUUCUUCGAGAGGAAGGUUUAGGAAAUAUAUGAGAUGGGUUGACUAUACAAUGAUAGCCACUGCUACCGUGUGUCUUUCAAGAGCUCUCAGAGAAGAAAAUCCAAAAAUGCUGAUGGCGGCUUCUGCAUUUUGCCUACCUUUUCAGCCUUUGAUGGUUUCAGCUGUUCACACUGGGAUGAUGGAGGUAGCAUUUGCGAAAAGAGCAUUGAAAGAUCCAGAUUUAAGAAUGGCUCAUAAUGUUCAUAAGAUGUCAUCACUACUUGGAGGAGUGCUUUUCAUUGCUGAUGAUGUGUUCCCAGAAACCCCAUAUCUUCAUGCUGGGUGGCAUCUUGCCGCAGCUGUUGGUGUUGGAACAUGCAAUAAGCUUCUUAAGUAAUUAGUUAAUUAGUUGAUUAGUUCAACUUCGGCAUGUAUAUGGGUAAUAUAUAGGGGUAGAUAUAGGACUUGUUUGGUAUCUCAUUUUUUAUUUAUACAAGUUAGUAUUAUUGUUUGUUAAGCUACAAAACCAAGAGUUGGUGAAAUGAUCAAACUCUGGUUGUGGAUAUUGGAUCAUGGAGAAGAUUUCCGUACAUGGGAGGCUCCACCCUCACCCACAUUUUCUCAAGAUCCUAUCUAGUGAAAGACGCAUCAAUGUAUACAUUAAUUUAAGCCAAUUAAUUAUUAAUUAGCAAUGUAAUUAUUAUUUAGUUCAAAAUCAUCUUGGAUUACCAAUG